AUGGCUCAGCGGCCGCCAGGUGAGGCCGGACCUUCGGACAAGGUGUGCUAUCCGCCCGAGAGGCUCCAGGGCAGCCCCCAACACCUGGCUCCUUACUACACACCUUUCCCACCCUAUGGACCGUACGGGAACAGCUCGACCGCCGCGGAGGAGGAUUACCAACCUUUCCCUGUCCCUGCCGUGCCUGCUACCCAGGCUAUGGCCCCCUUAGCCUUCCGGACCGCGCCUCCCUUGCUGAGCCCGAGCCUGGCGCUACAGAGGGAGCCGCUGUACGAUCUGCCCUGGCACGGCAAGCUGCCACCGUGGUACCCAUUUCCCCACUUCCCCAAGGACUUGCAACACUUCGUGAACAGCAGCCGCGACUAUCCCGGGGUCCCCAGCGAAGACCUGGCUCACAUUGGUGGCCGAAGCGACGGUGGCCAAUGUUACGGACCUGACAUUUUCAUUCCGCCGCCGGCAGCCCCUGUGGGUACUUUGCUGUUACCUGAGGGGCUGAAGACCUCCCAGUUAGUACCUUACUUCCCGAGCAAGCAGUCUGAGGAUGACUCCAAACUCCCGAACCAGGAGGGGAAGUCUUCUACUCACCGGUACCACUUCACCCAGGAGGACCUGCACUUAGUUCUCUAUGGGGUCAUUCCCAGCCUGGAGCACACAGCGCGCCUGCACCAUGCAGCUUCGGGCCUCGUGGUCCCCACGGACAGCUCUGGGUCUGAGUGUCUUCCUCAAACUCUGGACCAAGACGCCCUUCAACUACCUGAAGGUCUCUGCCUCAGGCAGAUGCUGUUUGGUGAAGUCCCUCAUUUUGGUGUCUUCUGCUGUAGCCUCAUUGCCAAAGGAGUCAGGUUUGGGCCCUUUCAAGGUAAAGUGGUCAACGCCAGUGAAGUCAAGACCUAUGGAGACAAUUCUCUGAUGUGGGAGAUCUUUGAAGAUGGUCGCUUGAGCCACUUUAUAGAUGGAAAAGGAGGUGCAGGGAACUGGAUGUCCUACGUCAACUGUGCCCGUUUCCCCAAGGAGCAGAACCUGGUUGCCGUGCAAUGUCAAGGGCAGAUAUUUUAUGAGAGCUGCAAGGAGAUCUACCAGAACCAAGAGCUCCUUGUGUGGUAUGGAGACUGCUAUGAAAAGUUUUUGGACAUUCCCAUGAGCCUUCAGGAGACUGAGCAGGGGAAGCAGGCGCAGGCGUCUGGGCCCUCCGAAGAGUCUGCAGAAGGUUACAGAUGUGACCGAUGUGGAAAGGUGUUUACCUACAGAUAUUACAGAGAUAAACAUCUCAAGUACACCCCCUGUGUGGACAAGGGUGACAGGAAAUUCCCCUGCUCUCUCUGCAAACGGUCCUUCGAGAAGCGGGACCGGCUCCGCAUCCACAUCCUCCACGUUCAUGAGAAGCACCGGCCUCACAAGUGUUCUACAUGUGGGAAAUGUUUCUCUCAGUCUUCGAGCCUGAACAAGCACAUGAGAGUCCACUCUGGAGACAGACCCUACCAGUGUGUGUAUUGUACAAAGAAGUUCACUGCCUCCAGCAUACUCCGCACACAUAUCAGGCAGCACUCCGGGGAGAAGCCCUUCAAAUGCAAACACUGUGGCAAGUCAUUUGCAUCCCACGCUGCCCACGACAGCCAUGUCCGCCGUUCACAUAAGGAGGACCAGGGCUGCUCUUGUAGCAUCUGUGGGAAAACCUUCCCAGACCAAGAAGCCUUCUGUUCCCACAUGAAGAUUCAUGAAGACGGCUAG